UAUACGCAAUAAGUAGUCACUUCCGUUACACAAACUGGGCGACCUGACUUCCACCAAAAGAAAUACACCUAGAUUUUUUUUCAGUCUAUUAAUAAGUUUAGGGGGAUGUGCUUUAUCAAGUUUUCUAAAGAGGGGAAGCGAUUUCGCUUGUUUAUUUUUAAUAUAUAUAAUAUAUAACUGCAGUCAUAUUCUCUACCAAUUCACUUCCGGUAAAUGUGUAAUAUCUCUCUCGUUGUCACUUCCGGCGAUGUUGCCACUACCUUUACUACUAACAUUUGGGUAAAUGCAUUAACGUUUUACUCUAUAUUUUAUAGUGAGUGUCAUAAUUAAUUAUUUUGGUGUCAACGAACAUAUCGCAAGGUAAGUGUAGGUACAUGGGUUCAAGAUGUACUGAGUCGAUUAUUGUAUGGGAUACUAAUGUGAAGUGCAUUUUCUAAGUUGCACAUAAUGAUAAAUUAAAAAAACGUUUCACCAAAAUUUUUUUCACGUUUAUAGGACUGUGUUCUACUGAUUGGCCCACAUUUCGUUAUCAUAACUGCAGUAGUGCUGUAGUCUAUGUUUUGCAAUGAUUAUGGUAAAUUUGAUAUAUCGCCAUCCCCUAAUCCAAACGGCUUUUGCAUUGUAGAAUUUUGUAUGAUAUUAUUAUUUCUGCUUGGCUUUGUAUUUAUUAAGUUUUGUCCUAUAAUUGGAUUUUUUUUCUGUUUGGGCAUAUAUAUUAUUAAUUGUUCUUUUUAUUUAUUAUAUUUUUCUCCAUUUAUGGCACUGUUCAGGCGUGCGGCAACAGCGACGGUCAUUGGCACACCAUGGGGGUUAGAGUCGGAUAGUGUAGUCGCUACAUCACCUUUUAUGCGCUUCAUUCUGCGGUAUUGUUCUAGCGUAGGGCAUGAUUCCAAUAUAUGGGCAUUGUUAGUGUAUGAUUAUUAUUAUCAUUACCAUUGUCAUUAUCAUGAUCAUCAUCAUGAUGAUUAUCAUACCAUUAUCAUUGUCAUUAUUAUCGUCAUCGUCAUGAUCAUUAUCAUCAUUAUCGUCAUCAUCAUUAUCAUCAUCCUCAUCGUGAUCGUAGUCGUGGAACAUGAUCAUUAUCAUUAUAUUUUAAUUUUGUCAUAUUUUUCUCCGUUAAUAGCCCUGUUCCGGCGUGUGUUGACAGCGACUGUCAUUGGAACACCGUGGAGUGGAGUGACCGCAGCUGCUUUACGAACUCAACUUAACUUAAACUUCAGACCUAGAAGGACCAAUAAAAGCUAUAGCAUAUCCUGUUUAACACAUCAAGGUUUCAUACUAUGAUGCACGUGGGUAAGUCAAAUUAUGCCAUUCGUUUUGCAGCUACCUAUGUGUUGAAGAUCUAGGUGCGUAUCUACCAAAUGUAUAUCAAUCUACUUACUACCGCAUAAGGUCUGUCGACUGUAGGUGCACAACAUUAAUUGUACUUAACUAGUAAUAAAACAAACAUUGUGGAAGAAUAAAAUAAAAAUGUAUUCUAUUACGUAAAAUAAAGGUAACAUUUCUUGUA